AUGUCCUUCCCGCACUUUGGACACCCUUACGGCAGCGCUUCCCAGUUUCUGGUGUCUACAAGUUCCAGCGCCACUUGCUGCGAAUCCGCCCCGCGCUCGGUCCCAGACGUGGCCUCAGGCUCCACCCCGGCGGCCGCUCUCUGCUGCGCGCCCUACGACGGUCGGCUGCUGGGCAGUGCGCGGCCCGAGCUGGGCGCGGCCUUGGGCAUCUACGGAGCCCCCUACGCGGCCGCCGCAGCUGCCCAGAGCUACCCAGGCUACCUGCCCUACAGCCCAGAGCCGCCCGCGCUGUACGGGGCGCUGAAUCCACAGUAUGAAUUUAAAGAGGCCACAGGGAACUUUACACCUGGCCUGGCACAAGCAGGAGCCUAUUACCCCUAUGAGCCGACUCUGGGGCAGUACCAGUACGACCGGUAUGGAGCGGUGGAGUUGAGUGGCACAGGCCGCCGGAAGAACGCCACCCGGGAGAGCACCAGCACGCUCAAGGCCUGGCUGAACGAGCACCGCAAGAACCCCUACCCCACCAAGGGCGAGAAGAUCAUGCUGGCCAUCAUCACCAAGAUGACCCUCACCCAGGUGUCCACCUGGUUCGCCAACGCGCGCCGGCGCCUCAAGAAGGAGAACAAGAUGACUUGGGCGCCCAAGAGCAAAGGCGGGGAGGAGAGGAGGGCUGAGAGUGGAGCAGAGGGGUCCCUGGGCUGCCUGAAUGGUGACGCCAAAGAUGCUUCUGCAAGCCAGGAGGCCCGAGGGCUCCGGCUGAGUGACCUGGAAGACCUGGAGGAAGAGGAGGAGGAGGAGGAGGAGGAGGAGGAGGAAGAGGAGGAGGCCGAAGAAGAGGAGGCGGUGGCCACCGCUACGGACAGGCUGGCUGAGUUCCAUAAAGACUCGCAGGCGCAGCCAGCACCAUACGCCGCCGCGGCGGCUCGAGAGGCCCGGCUGGAGCGCCGGGAGUGCGGCCUGGCGGCGCGCCCCUUCUCGUUCAUUGAGCCCCCCGGGUCGGGAGAAGCGGAUUUCCUCCGGGCGGAGCCUGGGGGCCCCACGUUGACCCUGCACUACCCGUGCCGCGAGAAACCGCGCAUCUGGUCCCUGGCGCACACUGCGGCAGCCAGCGCUGUCGACGGGGCAGCACCACCCCCUCCCAGGCCACGAAGUCCCGAGUGCCGUCUGAUUCCGGGACCGCCUCCGGGCUCCGGCGGCCCACCCGCCGCCGUCCCCAGAGACUCCGCGGGCGAAGAGUCUUCCCGCGCAGCCAAAGCCUUUGGAAACCACCCGUUCGCCCUGCAGGGGCCGCCGAUGAACUGUGCGCCCUGCCCGCGGCGGAGGGAGCCUGCAGUGCGGUGCCAGUACCCGUCUGGAGCAGAAGGUAGUGGGUCCCCAACGGCGCUGGGUGUGUCUGUCCAAAGGACAGGGCUGCCCACGGUGCUGCCCGGCCACUGUCCAGCCUCUCGGCCUCUGGGGCACGGCCACGUUGGGACCUGGAGCGGGCUUGUCCCAUGGCGCUUCCUGAAACAGCAGCUUAGGAACCAAAGCACUAAUUCCGCCUCCUUUUGA